AUGUGUGAGGUUAAUGCUAUCAACGUAAGAUUGUUGACAACCGUGUCAGAGCAACUGGAAAAUGUUACGGACCCGUGGAAAGAUCUUCCUCAGCACUACCAGCAUCCCAAGUUAUCUUUAGUUUCCAACCUACGUGUUUCGGCUUCAUUGUUGCAAGCUAUUAUUACAACGAGGUUACGACGACGUAGACCGUAUGUGCAGGAGUGUACGACACAACCCACUCCCCUAUUGUUAGGUAUUGCUACAUCAGCUCACCGGUUAAUCCUUAACGAGAUAAGUUCACGGUUCAAAACAGUGUCGGCGAAAUAG